CGAGCCGGACAGCAUUGAGUGGUGCGCACGUAAAACAGGAAGUUACUCUAGAACAAGCUUUACCUCACGUGUUUGGAAAUAGUCUAAAUUUCAUCAUGAAAGGCAAAUUUAAGACGCAAAAGAAUGGAAAAGGCAAGCCUGGAUCAAAAAAGAGAGGGCCUAAGUGCAUUAUCACGUUCGACGAUAACGAAAGACAGGAGUAUCUUACAGGCUUCCACAAGAGGAAGUUGGAGAGGAGGAAAGCAGCGGUUGUGGAAAUAAAGAACAAGAUCAAGGAAGAGCAGAAGAAAGUGCGCGAGAAGAGACACACAGAAUACAUGAAGUUGCUCAAGGAGAGAAAGGAGGCUCUCGAUGAGGACGAAGAUGAGCUGGAAGAUGCGAUCACUGGCACCACAGAGUCCGUGCAGUACGACCACCCCAACCACACAGUCACCGUGACGACCAUCAGCGACCUGGACCUGACAGGAGGCGGCCUCCUUGGACUGCCAGCCAAUCAGCUGGAUCAGGGAAGCGAAGAGGAAAAAGAAGAGAAGGGGGAGGAAGGGGAGGAACUGGAGAAGAAGACUGCCAUGCCCAAGAAAUCGGGAGACCCCAUCCUUAAUAAAAAGAUCUGCUCCUUAACUGCCUCGCUCCACUCACACACCAAACAAAAGAAGAGGAAAGGCAGGAAAUCAAAGCAGCAGGAGGGCAAGGGACGAGGCCAGCCCACAGACAGGAAGUCAGGUGUCAAAGACAGGAAGUCAGGUGCCACAGAGAAGAAGGCCAGAUCCGGGAGGACCUCCAAGAAGCUGAGACGUAGGCAGACGGGGAAGAGGGUGCAUCACCACGACUGAGGAAAACAGGAAACUACGUUUUAAGGAGCGUUUAAGAAUUGUUUAUCUGGAACUUGGCAGGCUGGACCUUAUGGUGCUUGAUGAGUUUCUAUUGGCCAUGGAGUGUACAGGUCAUACGUGAACUGGAAUUGCAUCUUCAUCGGUCAGUAUCACAGACAGAAGUCACCAUCUGAGUACUUGAUUGUGAUUAUCCUACACCGCAGAAUAAACUGUGUUGUAAUAUUUCUUGUUCAACUUUGUACAUUUCUGACAUCAUGUCACUUUUGUAAUAUUACAGCUUUCUGUUGUUCAUACUGCAUAAAUGUGUCAAAUCUGAAACCUUGGGAUUAAAAAUAUGUAUGCAUAA